CCUGCAGCUUUCAGGCUCUGUUCGACGUGUUUGAACAUUGAAUUUGUGUAUUAAUUAUAUUCAUAUUUAUUAAGUGUUAGAAGCUGUGUUUAAUACUUUAAUACUUAAUAUUUUUGAGAAUUUUACUUUGAUACUUUGAAAUCUUUUAAAAUGUUGCGUGCUACCACCUUGCUCGCACUUCUGUGCCUGAACAUGGGGUUAUCCUACGGAAUGCAAUGCUCGUACGGACACAAAAAUGUUCUGUCGGAAAUACUAGAUUCUUGUCCAGGAAUAUUGGACUCCUCAGACAAAUCCUAUUGCUGCGUGGAUAUUGAGAAUAACCGAAUGUAUUGUUGCGACGCGGCGGAAUUCAUGGCGAAAACAACAUGGCUUCUUCUCACAGUGAUUGCGGCGGCAGUGAUUGGAGUUUCAUUGAUAGUGUGUUGCAUAUCAUGUUUAUGCUGUAGUUGCUGUCCAUGGUAUCGCAGACGUCAUCGAGGAACAGUUUAUGGAAAAGUACAGGUACCUACUGUCGUACAUGUAAUUCAAUCACCCGCGAAUGUCCCACAAUCGACUCAACCUCAUGUAACUGCUAUGAAUGCUACAAGUUCAGCAGGAAUGUCGCAACCACCACCAUAUGCGGAAGUUGUGUACGAAAAACAGGCAGCGUACAAUCCAACUUACGUUACCUCAAACCAACAGUAACGAUGUUGAACGAUAUUGAUAGUUUAUGAAAGUUCCAUUACUAUUAUACUCUUGCUUUCUUUUUUAUUUUGUUCCUAACGGUGCCUGCAUUUUGAAGCUUCCGUUAAGAAGCUUAGUUAUUACAAACGAACGUCUUCCGUUCAGUGAAUGUUAGAAACUCGAAGUCGCGUGUUCACAAUGACGUGUUUUACAUAAUGACGAAAAAGCACACUGUGCUCAAAUUUUAACUUUAUUUAAAUUAGUAAAUUAUUAUCUAUGGAUGCAGAACCAAUUUUAUAUUGAAAAAAUACGUUUAGAUAUUGGGUACACAUUUUUGUUUUGUAACAUCAAAUUCUACUAUGUGGAUCCUUUGAAUUUGUAUAACUUCUUUUUAAAUACACUUAAGAGAACUUAAUUUAAUUUUUUAUACAUGUUCAGCAUCAAAAUAAAAUUGUUGCCAUAUCGUUUUGAUAAAACUUAAACUUUUUUUAUAUUUAAAAAGAAAUAUACUUAGUGUUAAAAAAAAAAAUAAGAGUAAACCUAAGACAGUCAAUUUAUAAAAGAAUCAGUAUGAAGUCAGCGUUUACAUUAUUGAAGUAUAUUGAAUCUGAAUUUAUACAUGCUUACCGAAUUAUAUAUGAAAUUAUACAUGCUUUUAAAUUAGUAUAAAUAAAUAUAAGAAUGUAG